AUGCAUAUGGUCUCCAAGCUCCUGGCCCUAGCGGCCUCGGGUGCGUUGGGGACACAGGCCCUGGACACUUCGAUAUUUACUUUUCCCUCGAACGAGCUGGAACAAAGAGAAGCUAGCUUGGGGCACCGGACAGUGUCAGAAGAUGUCGCUCAACUGAUCUUGGAGCUGCGCACCCAGUCUUCCUUGCAGUCCCUCCUUGGGAAGGUUGAAACAGACAUCGUGGAUCGCAUCAACGAGUUUUCUGGCUCCCAGUUCUCUUUGUUCGGUGGUGAUGAUAGCCAUGGAUCUCCAAGCAGGAACAUGAUUCUGAUCGAGGGAGUCAAUGAAGCUGUUGGUUCGAACAUUCGAAAGUCCCGGCCACAGAGUAUUAUCGUUUCCCAUGCGUCGCCGAAGUUGGUGGAUGACUCCCUCGGGUCUCAGUUUGGAUAUGGAGACAUGAAGAACCGCUGCACUUAUCGCCAAAGCGAUGGGUCAGAAUUAGUUCAGGCCGCGAAAGAUUGUAUCUCUCAAGAUCCAGUGCUCUCCCAAGACCAGGGCCUGUACAGCCGCGAGUUCCUUAGCCUGCUCGACUCGGUAGAAAUCUGGUCGAGCAAGGACCACAAAACAACUGCCUCGAGGCUAUCACUCAAGGCAAAUUCCGCCGACAACGCGCUCGUUACCAAGUAUCUCGAGUCUCUCUUCCAGAACUUGGAUAAAUCGGCUUCGUCAGAAAGCCGUGAAAUCACUGCCUUGAUGGUUCCCGCUGUUGAUGCCUCUCGGGACUUUGCACGGAUCUCCCGGCGUGACACCGGACUGCCUCGGUCAUCUGCAUCGGAUGCGCAAGGCACUCUGCAAAAGUCCGCACAGGACCUGGGUUCAUCCUUGCUCCUUGCACCUGUCUGCCACGCCUCUAACUCGUCUUGCUCCGAGGCAACCAACAAUUGCUCGGGGCAUGGUUCUUGUUACCUGAAGUCUUCGUCCGGGGACGCGCAAUGUUUUGCAUGCCGUUGCCAAGCAACAGUGCGCACGAAAAGUGACGGCUCGAAGCAGAAGAUCUACUGGGGUGGUUCAGCUUGCCAGAAGGAAGAUAUUAGCUCGCCAUUCUUUUUGAUUGCCGGUGUGAGUGUCUUGGCCAUUGUUCUAGUGACCAGCGCUGUUGGUAUGCUGUUCAGCAUGGGCUCGGAAGAACUUCCGAGUGUGAUCGGAGCCGGCGUCGGGGGCUCGAAAGCACCGGCGUAA